AUGGACAAUAUGGCUUCAACCGGAGGGGAAAACGGCUCACAAGGAUCCGCCUACCCAUGGGUUCUAGAGCAUUUGUUAGCAUAUCCCGGCACCUACGAGCUUCCUCUACGCACCAUGUACACUCUCAAUGCCACAACACAGCAUCAACCACAAUCUCCGACUCUGCCAUCAUCGAGCUCGGUGCCAGGCAAUGCCUUUCCACGAAAGUCUCAAGACGCUGUUGAUGAGCACCAGAAUAUGACUACAAUCACUGCUGCCGCCCAGUUACGCGCAAACUUGAUGGCUCACAUCUCCCAACAACCAUCUCAGCCGACUUCGUUACCACCAAGCUUCAUCACCAGCUUCGUACGACGGUGUUUCCCUCCCGAACUCGACCAAGUUGAUUUCCCACAAGCUCUGACAGCAAUGGAUUACCUCAAAGACCUGGAGGUUCGACGAAGACGAGAGGUAGUAGCGGCACUCGACAAACUCGGCAUUGACAGAGAGGACAUUAGCCACCGAGAUAAACUGGCACGCAAGUAUCCCGGUGUCCUCCGUUGGGUCACGGAGAUCGAAGACAAGGAACGAAAGGUCGAAGCCCUGUACACUCAAGUAUACGUUGGGCUGAGACGAUGGACUUUGGUCAAUGAACUCUCCUUGACCCCCUUCCACAAGGCAAAUUGCAUUGCUAUGCUCAAUACCUUGUACCCUCCCGUUGGGUUACAAACGGCUCAAUUUGUGCAGCCAACAGCACAGUUGACACGGGAAGUCUUGUCAUCACAACGCAGUCAGUUCUUCCGAUACAUCACUGCCGUUGAGCAAAAGGGUCCAUCCGUCCUUGCAAAGCUCCUGGAUCAAAACAAGAAACCUGGCGACGCUACAGGAUGGUCGAUGUUUCGCGAGACAGUUGACAACUAUCUCCGUAUGGCGAACAGUGUGAUCGAUGAAUGCUACGAUAUCACUGGCCGCGCUUCUUAUUCUCCAACUGCCGCAUCCUUCAGCUCGGUCGAGUUUGAGGAGGAAGGACGUCGCAAACACGUUGACUCUGCCAUUUCCUUUGGCUCCACAAGCUCCUCAAAACGCAGCUCGGGUCAAAGCCAUGGAACGAGGCCGAGUACCAGCAGCAGCUUUAGCAAUGCAAGCCGUAACAAUACUCGAAAAGUAUCGACCGACAAACCGUUGCCGCCACCCAAAGAUGAUGACGUGACGGUGACUCAGAAGACUGCCGGCUCAACCCUCGAGCGCAUUGCUCGAGAACUCCGGAAGAUGAAGAGUCGCAACAACAUCAAAGACGACGCUCGGCCUCGCACUGCUUCUGCACAAUCGACCGAUGCAGUGCCGACCACCGACCUGGAUCAACCACCACCAACCCCUGCGAAGGAUCGUGGUCUGAAUUUCAAGCGAAGCCUUCGGAAGAUGCGGUCGAAUGUCGGCCUUGCCGACAACGGUGGCUCACGCCCCCCAAGCCGCAAUGAUUACGCGACCCAAGCAGUACCGGCCUUUGAUGCAGAGGAGAUGACAAGGAGGAGACAGGACUGGGAAUCCCAACACAAUUUGAGAAGCCAGACCUCCCAUGCCAAUUUGAGGGCAUGA